AUGCACCAUUUUGCUAUUGAUAUUCUUGAUAAUAACAACACUGCAAAGUGGAGAGCAAUUGGGAUUUAUGGAUGGCCGGAACAAGCUGAUAGACAUUUGACUUGGUCUCUUAUGUCCAAUCUUAGAGCAGAAUGUGAUUUGCCUUGUAUCAUGUUUGGUGACUUUAAUGAAAUUAUUAGCUUGUCGAAAAAAGAAGGUGGGGUCCCAAGGAGUGAGAGGCUUAUGGAUCCUUUUCGAAGUACGAUGGAUACGUGUUCUCUUCAUGACCUUGGUUUUAAGGGGAGUAUUUUCACUUGGGAGAGGGGCAAUACUAUGGAGACUUUUGUAAGGGAGAGAUUGGACAGAUUUCUUGCUAGCGAGGAACGGUGCCUUUUAUUUUCGGAUUUUGAAGUGACUAAUAUGCCGAUUUUCAAGGUUAAUUCGGAUCAUGCACCCAUAAUAAUGUCUAUUGUGAAAAAGGGUCCGGACUCGUAUAGUGGAAAUGCUUUCAAGUUCGAAUCUUUGUGGCUCUCCAACGAAAAUUGUGGGUCGGUGAUUGAGAAUGGAUGGAGUAAGGGUGCGGGUUUGAGUAUUAUGCAUAGGCUGGCGGUUUAUAGUGAGGCGUUAGCAUCAUGGGCUGCACUUACCUUCGGAUCUGUGAAGAAAAGAAUUAAAAUCGUGGAGAAGAAAAUUCGUGAGUUGAAGAUGGGUUCCAUGGAUGGUGGAAAGCUUGAGAGGGUUGAUCUGGAACGCCUGAUCUCAGCUUAUUUCGAAAAUCUCUUUGCUACAAGCUCUCCUACGGGGUUCCAGGAUGCGUUGGAAAGGAUAGAAAGUGUUGUCAUGGAGGAUAUGAAUGCAGUGCUGGACUGUGAGCCGACAGAUGAAGAGAUUAAAUCUGCACUUUUUCAGAUACACCCGAACAAGGCUCCAAGACCCUACGGUAUGCAUGCUUUAUUUUUUCAAAAAUUUUGGCAAAGCGUUGGCCCGGAUAUUAUUGCUUUUGUGAAGAGUUGGUGGAGAGGGGAUGUGGAUUUGAGGGAUAUGAAUAAAACUUGUAUUGUUCUUAUUCUGAAAUGUACGUCUCCGUUGCAGAUCUCAGAAUCUAGGCAUAUUAGCUGUUGUAAUGUGAUAUACAAAAUUGUUUCGAAAACAAUGGCUAAUAAAUUGAAGGGGUUUCUAGACAAGGUGAUCUCUCCUAAUCAGAGUGCGUUUAUCCCAGGGCGCCUCAUUUUUGAUAACGCUCUUGUAGCUUUUGAAAAUUUUCAUUCUAUAGAGUGUGGAGGUGAAGGUAAGAAGGGUAGCAUUGCUAUGAAGUUGGACAUGAUUAAGGCCUAUGAUCGGGUGGAAUGGGUGUUUUUGGAAAAGGUGAUGGAUAGGAUGGGGUUCUCGAGUGCUUGGAUUGGAAGAAUAAUGAGUUGUUUGCAGAGUGUGAAUUUUGCUUCAAAAUUAAAGGGCAAAUCUCGGGUUGUUGACCUUAUGAUUUUGAUGAUGACACAACCUAACUUAUUUACAGACUAA